CAAAUCACAACUCACAGACACAGUCCAUAACCAUUUUUAUCUCCCCUUCAGUCGUCUCGGGAAAGAUCGGGCAGUCGGUGAAUUCUAAGUCUAACAGAGGAAUUUUUCCCGGCGCCUAAUCCUAAAACCCUAAACCCUCUCAGACAAAUCGAGACGCCCAAUUCCAAAACUUUCGAAAGCUCCAUUCCUCUUCUCUUCUUCCACUGAAACAUCAAUGGCUUCCUUCGGCACCAAAUUCGUCUCCAGAUCAUCCCUAUCCUCCAUAAAAUCUGCCCUCAGAUCCGCCGCUGCAAAAUCCAGAUCAACCAGCUCUACCUCAUCCUUCGCUAGCACUUCUUCUUCUGCUACUCCUAUUCGCCGCUUCUCCAUCUCCAGGAUUCCCUCGGAGUUGGGAUGCGCGGCGUCUUUGCUGCCCCUGCAUAGCGCGGUGGCGACGGCGAGGAUGACUUCAUGCUUGAGCACGACUUCGAGGAGUGGCCGUGCUCUCUCCCAGGGUACACUCUGCUGCACCUAUCCCGGCCUCUAGUAGCUACAUUGCUAAGAAAAAGCUUUUAUUAGUACUACUACUCUCUCUUGACUGCACAUAAUAUCAAAAGAAAUAAACUGGGGAUCUGUCAAUUAUGGCCCACUGCAUCCUUAUCAAAUGAUGUUGAUGGGACGUGAAAGAAGUAUCCUGUUUUGGAGAGCUCGGGCUGUCAGUUCCAAGGUGAUUUAAGAGGAGAAAUUCGUGAUAGGUCAUUUUGCCUUGUUAUCAGAAGCAAGGGACGAUUUGUUGCUUUUGCAUGUCUAUGAAGAGUGGAGUGCGUAUAUGUAAGAUGCUGACUGCUUGAUACCUUGAGAAGCAGUUGAGAAUUUUUAUUUGAUCCUUCGGCGACACAAAUCUUGAUUGAUUUACUUCUUGACACUGCAAUUUUAACUAUAGGGUUAGUGUCGAUGCAAGUUAAUUCUUCUUGUUUGAUCUUUCAUAGUUGCCCCUCGUAUUAGGAUUACCUUGUACCUAGAAAAUAAAAAAUACAGAGUUAUCAAGGUCACUCCUGCCAUAUCUUUGCACAACAAGAACUACGAGUUAUAUAGUUUCAUGCGCUUUUCGGGGUAUGGUGAAGAAUGCAAUGAAAGUGAUUUAUUUCCCACU